CAAUAGCGUUGGAAGUCCAGCAUCUACUUUCGGUUUCACGAAAGAAAUUUUUAAGAAAAAAUCAAGGUUUUAAGAGAAAACAAGUUAAAUAAAAAUGACAGAAGGUUUGAUAUUUUAAGAUGGCAGAUUCAGGUGGGAUCACACCACCAGGUACUGAGAGUCAUGCAGGAAGUGGACAAGAUGAGACUAAGGCUAAGGCAACAGAAGGAACCCCACAGACAGCCAAUUUGCCACCCCCCGACCAAACUGCAUCUAGAAGCAGUUCUGCAAAGAACCCUCCAGGGCAAAGUAGAGAUGGACCUUCUAAAUUGGCAGACAGUGCAUCUGGUUCUGUGCAAAAAGAUCCUGGCAAAAACAAGAAUAAAGAUCGUAUGGAAAAUGCAGAACAGGCAGAACCCACUUUAAAAGUACAUACAGAAAAGAGUUCGGGAGGGUUUGUUCAAGUCUUGAAAGAAGAAUAUGAACAAAAGCAUAAUUCAGAGCAGAGGAAAGAGGAAUACAAUGAACAGAAAAUACUGAAAGAGAAAUCGACUAAAACUAAAAUAAAAUCAGAUUCAGAAACAGGAGCUGUUGCAGAUAAACAAGACAAUAAGACAGAACAUCUUGAUGGUAAACAAAAUGAAGAGCAAAGAUCAUAUGAAAAAGCAGCCAAACAGAAAAAAGAUCAGCACUUCACUGGAGCUAAUGGCCAGCAAGCACAAACAUCUCAUACUGAUACAUUUAGGGGAACUAAAGAUGAAUAUGAAGGUCUUGGAACUGAGGAUUUGAGUUCAACUACUGUUCUUGUUAGCAACAAAAUACCCAUCAGCGUGAAAACACUUACUGGAAAGGUAAUCACAGUAAAUGUCAAAGGAACUGACACUAUUGAAAAGGUCAUGGAGAAAAUUAAAGAUGAAGAAGGCAUUGCUGCUGAUGUUCAGAGAUUGAUAUUUGAAGGGAAACAGCUAGAAGAAAACCAUACAUUGUUAGAAUACAGCAUUGGCAAAGGGUCUACUAUACACCUUGUUGUAGGUCGUAAGACAGAUGGUAAUACGACUGAAGUGGACAAUGACAAAGGGAUGUCAGAUAAUUCAACAAGAGCGUUAGAUAUCAGUAAAAGUCUUCUACAAGAAAAAACACAAAGUCCUUAUGAAAAGAAAGAAGUAAAUGAAGAGAUAGUAGAAGGACAGCCUGACAUUAGCAAAUCACCUGCAGUAUCUACUCAAAAGUUAGGGGAAAGCAAUGAACAUAAAGCAGAUGAUAAGGAUAAGGAUGACUUGGAAGAUAAAAUAGAACAUGAAAAAGAAGAUAUGCAACCCACAGGUCAUGCCUCAGUUACACCUAAAGAAGAUUUUCAGAAAACUGCUGAAGAUAAGGGAGGUACCAAGCAUGAUGAUAGUGCAGGCCAAGAAGACAAUACAGUGGAUUCUGAGACUUCUGGGAAACAAAAGGUUGAAGCUGCACCUGCAGAUACAAGUGCCAACAAAGUAGAGCCAAGUGAUGAAAGUAUUGAAAAAGAUGAUGAUAAUACCAAGAACUUUACAAACAACUUUUCCGAAGUUGAGGAGCAAGCAGAAGAACAAAUAGGAGAUCCUAUGACAGAAGAGCCAAGACAACAAGAGUACAACAGCAGACAACCUUUAAACACUUCCAAACUUGUAAAGACAGAUCCAGGGAAGCCACCUAUAGCAGCUCCAAGGAAGAAACACCAAGAUAAACCAUCAGCUCCUAAAAAUUUGACUGUUGGUGACUUAACAUCACGAUCAUGUAAACUUUUUUGGGAAAAGCCUGAGAAUGAUGGUGGUAGCAGCAUAAUUGAAUACAUUGUCCGGGGGAGAGAAGUAAAUGGGAAAGAAUGGACUCAAUUUACUUGUUCUACAACUGAAUGCAUGAUAAAAAAUCUGAAAGAAAGCACACAGUACAUGUUCCGUGUGGCUGCUACAAACAAAAUUGGAACUGGAGAAUUCACUGCACAUACAGAGCUUGAAGCCAAAUGGAGUUACAAUAACGAAGGAAGUAUGACAGUUAACUCUGGUAAACCAAUGCUCCUUGAGAUGAAGUUUAAAGGUCAGGAACCAUAUGUUCAUUGUCUGUUCAACGGGGUUGAAAAUCUGGAUCAAAACAGGACAAGUAUUCAAAUAAAAGACAGCAAAAUUAUUUUCAAACUUGAAAAUGUUGUUCCCUCAGAUAAAGGAAAGUACACAUUAACUGCAGAAAACAAAACUGGGAGUGGAUCUGUCAGUACCACAUUGUAUGUUCUAGUAUUGUAG